AUGCGGGCCCUAAUCUUAGCGGUUGCCGCGCUACAACUCGCACUCCAACAUGCAUCUGCGACAGUAGGCGUCCUCGAUAUCGACAACCUACUGCAACCAGACCUGCAACAAAACUUACACACGCCCAGCGAAGAUCAUCCUCAUGCGCCAUGGUCUCACAAACCGUACUGCGUAACUAGCACCUACCUCCCCACCCUUGGCCAAAAGUACUGCGUCUACACAUCCAACACGACAGGCCCACACGGCCUCUCCCUGAUCUUCCCUCCAAAAUCCGCCCAUCUAGCAUCGGAAUAUCUCGACGACAACCCGCUCGAUAAUUUCCUCGCUCAGAAAGACGCUGAGCGCUUGUACCUAGGCGGCCAACCAUGGAAAAUCGUCGAUAUACCCGGAAAAGCGAAAGGCGUCGUAGCUACGCGUAGGAUCAAGAUGUACGAGACGUUCAUGGUUGAUCAAGCCGCCGUUGUCGUGGAUAUGGGAGCGGAGAAAGCUUUAACUGAGGCUGAGAAUAAGAAGUUGAUGAAGAGGGCUGUAAAUCAGUUGCUUGUUCCUGCGAUGAUUAGGGAUAUGAGUUCUGCGCAUGCGGGGAAGAGCCAUGGGGGUGAAAAUAAUGGAGAUGACGAAGAGGGAGGGAGUUUAGAGGAAGCCAUCAUGAAGACGAACGCGUAUGGCAGCACAGUUGCGGAGGUUAGCUCGAGGGCGCUGUAUCCGCUGAUCUCGCGCAUUAAUCAUGCAUGCAACCCAAACUCCUUCGUCCUCUUCUCCCGCGCGGGCGUCUCAAUGGCCAUAAAAGCCUAUCGUGACAUUGAGGCCGGCGAAGAGAUCACCGUCUCUUACCUCCUCCUGGGCAUCCCAUUCCAGAAACGCCAGUCUCUGAUAAAACGCUGGGGUUUCAAAUGCACAUGCAGCCUGUGUAGUCUCCCCACCGACGAACGCCAAGCCUCCGAUCUUCGCCGCACAAUGAUCGCGCAGGCCGAGGAAAAGAUUAUGGAGCUGGCAAAGGCCUACAAACUCGAUGAAGCCAUAGUUCUCGCGGAGGAGUCCGUCGAACUGAUCAAAGAAGAAGGGGUCUGGUCGAUGUUGACCGAUGAGUAUGCCAUGUUGGCCAUGCUGUGGUUGGAGAAGGGCGACGGAGAAAAGGCGGAAGCGUAUGGCGAGAAGACGCAUAGGCUGUUGUCCGAUCUGGGGUUUUUAGGUAUUGGAGAAGAAAGGGAGGCGUGGAAACUAGAGACCCUCUUGAAGAAUAUCGGAGGUUUGGGAGGGAUGGGUCAGCUUUGGAAGAAGGGCCCUUUGAGGGGGUAA